CGACAAUCAGUCGCAGGCCGGAAGGAGCAGCGAGAGAGUUGCGCGUUUCAGUCUUGGAGUUGAAUUGGUUCGGAACGGUUCGGUUUUACUUGGAUGGGUUGCAGCGAAGAGUGGGAAGAACUUCCAACAGUGAUUGUGUGUGGAGUGCAAUAAGUUGGAAGCAGAGACGGUAUCUACAUGGCCGUUUAAGUGAUAAUUAUCAGCUGAGUGCUGUCCAAAGUAGAUAUGCAAAAGUUUUAUUACCAAUUGUUCCAAGUUUAAGUGUAAAAAACCUCAACUGAAAUGCUCUGAGAUUGAAUCGUCUCGUGAUACUUUUAAGGAAGAAAAACAUUACGAAUCACGCAACGUCCUGUAUCCAUGCUAGCUGAGAACUAGGACUUUGCCUCGGCACACUUGCAAGAAUACUCCGUACGCUUCCGGCAGGAUAAGAAAUCGUUUCGCACAUAACCUCGCACAAACCCAAAACUGGCACAAUGAUAGUAGAACUUAGUUUGCGACAAAAAACGGCCACGCUAGCAUGCAUAACAGCUGCAGCCUGUUCGUUGUCAUUAGCGAUUGGACAACGGCUCAUCCCUCAGACGUUGCUGUCUGCCUUGGUGAUGUAUCUGCUCAGUGGCGAUAGGCCUACGAUGGUGUAUGCAAUGGUCCGGACACUGCCACGGGAUUUGAACGCCGCCAUAUGUUUCAUCCGGUUGAAUCUAACGCUGUACCGGUGGGAGAAGCGCAAGAUGACGGUGGUGAAGGUCUUCGAGGAGGUUGCAGCCAGUCGCCCCUCCAAGGUGGCCCUCAUUAUGGACGACCAGCGGCUAACCUUUGCCGACGUUAAGCAGCUCUCGGAUCGGAUUGCCAGCUACUUCCACUCGAAGGGCUUCGUCAAAGGUGACACGGUGGCCCUGAUGAUGGAAACCCGGACCGAGUAUCCGUGCAUUUGGCUGGGGCUGGCCAAGUUGGGCGUCGUAACCGCUCUGAUCAAUACCAAUCUGCGGCGGGAAACGCUAAGGCACUCGAUUGCGGUGGCUAAUUCGAAAGCAAUCAUCGUCAGCGCUGAGCUGGCCGGAGCUGUCGCCGAAGUAUUGGAACAAGAUGGAAUAAAAGGACUGCCAAUUUACCUCUACGGCGAUAAACAAUCAUCUGAUGGCGACAAAAAUGAAUAUUUACCAGACGCCGACAACCUGAGACAAGCUUUGGACAAUGUACCGAGUGUAGAUUUAAGCUCUCUGUGGAAUGAUGUAUCACCGAGAGAUAAAUUAGUUUACAUUUACACCUCCGGAACGACGGGAAUGCCCAAAGCCGCCGUCAUCACCAACUCCAGAUUCAUCAUGAUGGGAACUGGUUGCUACUACAUGCUGUCCCUCCGGGACGACGACAUCAUUUACAACUCAUUGCCACUGUACCAUUCUGCAGGCGGAAUGGUCGGCAUGGGAAGUGUCCUCCUGUGUGGAUUAACCGCGGCUCUUCGGAAAAAGUUUUCCGCCUCCAACUUCUUCCCGGACUGCAUCAAGUACAACUGCACGGUUGCCCAAUAUAUCGGGGAAAUCUGUCGAUUCGUGUUGACUACUCCACCCCGACCGACCGAUGGCCAACACAAGGUCCGAAUGAUGUUUGGCAAUGGAUUGCGACCGCAAAUCUGGACCCAAUUCGUGUCACGCUUCAACAUCAACCAAAUUUGCGAGUUUUAUGGAUCUACCGAGGGAAAUUCGAAUCUGAUGAAUCUGGACAACACGGUUGGAGCAGUUGGUUUCGUUCCCGCCUUUGCGAGGACAUUCUACCCGGUGACGUUGGUGAGAUGCGAAGAGGAAACGGGCGAAAUCAUUCGGGAUCCUGAUGGGUUCUGCAUUCGUUGCAAACCAGGUGAACCGGGGGUGUUUGUUGGGAAGAUCAAUCUGAAGAAUGCUCUCAGCUCGUUCGUGGGCUACGCUGAUAAGAAAGCUUCCGAGAAGAAGGUACUGAGAGACGUUUUCACAAAGGGGGACAUGUUCUUCAACUCGGGCGAUAUUCUGGUGGCGGAUUUGUUCGGAUACUAUUACUUCAAGGAUCGGACUGGAGAUACUUUCAGGUGGCGAGGAGAGAAUGUUGCAACGUCCGAGGUGGAAGGCGUGAUUACGAACAUCGUUGGACUGAAAGACUGCGCCGUCUACGGAGUUGAUAUCCCCGGAACGGAAGGUAAAGCCGGAAUGGCCGCCAUUGUCGACACCGAGGGAAAACUAGACCUGGAGCAGCUGGGUGCAGGCAUCCGUGGAAGCUUACCUCCGUAUGCUCGACCUCUGUUCAUCCGAGUUCUUUCAGAGGUCCCGAUGACAACGACCUUUAAGCUAAAGAAACGUGAUCUGCAGAUCGACGGGUACGACAUCAACAAGAUCAAAGAUCCAAUCUAUUUCCUACAACCGAACGGAAGUUACACUCGGUUUAGUGCCGAAGAGUUCGCGAUAGUGAGCAGUGGCAAGGGCAAGUUCUAGAGCUGCUGGAGAAGCCGAAUGUUAGUCAAAAUUGAAUAGCCAAAAGACGAACGAGUUCACCAAUCAAUUCCAAUCGACUGAGUAGUAAGGUUUUAAUGAGCAAUUUUUAAUUUGUCGAGUUAGUGAUUAAGAGUGUUUUUGUUUCCAACGUGGAGUUUUUAUCUGUAGGUUUUUCUUUGAAAUCUCAUUUCUUGUAAGAUGAUUGUUACAUUUGCCAUACAAGUAAAACUCCGAGAUAUUUGUAUUCUAUAGUUUCUAUUUCUAAGUACAAUUUUGAAUAAACGUGAAGAGAGUGCAAAAGCUGUA